AUGUCGAUUCAAACAAAUGUGGAUUUAGGAUUUCCAUUACGGUUAUAUUCACGUGAUUGUGAGCCAAAACCUAAAAAAAGCAUCAAUUACAAUAGUAAAAUUGAGUUUUUGGAAGAAGUAGAAAAUGCUGUUGGAGAAGAAGUGUGGACCUACAUCCGUGAUUCUUCGCUGGGUGUAAUUACACAGUUUGUAGGAAAUAAGUUCACUUGGUCAUCUAAGAUCUUUGAAGACAUAACGACUUUGAACUGUGCAUCUUUUCCUGAGAGUGAGAAUGAUGUGGAAUCCAAGGCACAUAAAAAGUUGUGGAAAAAGUUGAAAGUACGCAGGAAGAGCCCUUGCAAGAAAGAGUUGAAAGCUGCUUUGGAAGACGUUUCUUCUUGGUCAAGAGAAGACAAAAUUCGGUUUACGUAUCUGUCUAUUUUAGCAACUUUCAUCAUAGGUCAGGAUGAUAAAAAGGAGCUUCCGUUUGAAUAUGCUCGUAUGGUUUUUGACUUGCCAAAAUUUGAGAAAUAUCCUUGGGGGAGAGAGGCUUUCAAGCGGCUGAUUGAAUCAGUAAAGCGUGUAGAUUUGGAAGCUAAUUCAUACACAUUAGAUGGAUUUGUACAAACGCUUCAAAUAUGGGCUUACAAUGUCGUUCCCAGUCUCGGAGCAAAGAUUGGUCGUCCGUCAAACGUUGAUGGUCCUCCUAUUCUGAAAUUUAAAGGUUUAAAAGGAUUAAACAAGAUCGAUAUCCAUGUCGUCUCAGUUGCUGAUAAGAAAAACAUCAAGAGUAUUGUUAUCAACCAUUUGACGCCCGUUGUUUGGGCUGAUAGAGUUGUCGAUGAUAAAAUUGACGCUCUUUUGAAAGCCAUGUGUAAAGAUGGUGGUUUAGGACUUGUGAAUUGGGUGGAGCAUGGGUCAAACAACAUCAAAAAGGAAAAGAACGUAACAGCAGACGUAGGUGGAGAAGAUGAAGAGGGAAAAGAAGAGAGCGAUGGUAAACGAAAACGCAGAUUAGAAGUGAUGACAACAGGCAAGAAGAAAAUGAAAGCACCAUACUCAACCACUUCGUGUGAUCAUGCUGAAGCACUACACUUGAGAAUGGAACUUGAGCAACAAGCAAAAAAAUUAGAGACAAUGGAGGCUCAGUUAGAAUAUAUGGGAAAACAACUCAAGAGUUUUGAAGCAAUGCACUCAAAGAUUGAAUUUUUGGAAAGAGAGGUGAUGCUACUGAGAGAGAAGUUCACGACACACGAUAAUAGUUUGAAUGUGCAGAGUUUUGAAGCAAUGCAGUCAAAGUUUGAACAAUUGGAGAAGGAGGUGAUGGUACUUAGAGAGAAGCCCAAGUCUAAAGAGACUUUUAUAAUACCACAACUGAAAGACGAGGACAUGCCUUUUGAUGAUUUGUUUGCCAACAUAAAUGCUGUAAGAGACCAAAUGGGUGAAUCAGAUGGAGAGAGCACGGUAGAUGCAAGAUACCCGACGGUGAAAAUUCCAGAUGCACAGCCUCAAAAAUCUUCGCCUAUAAAGAUAAUUCAGCCUACUGCCUCUGUUGCAGAAAAGUUUAUGCAGAAAAAAAUUGGCCAGACAUUAAAGAUUAUGGGAGUAGACAACCAAACUAAAAUUGCACGACAGAAGAGCACAAGAGUGAUUAAGCCAGGACCGGCUCUGCAAACACCAUUUCGGAAUACCCUAUCCAUUGUAGGCAACAACAAACAAGUUAUCCAGUCUAACAUGAUGCUCCGACAUGGUUACGAUCCAUUCGCCCCAGUGGAUGUUUAG